AUGCCUUUUCUCGACGUGACCACGCCAAUUUUGACGCAACUGCGACUUUCUUUGACACACGAAUUUUUCGGCGGCAAAUUUUCUUUUAUGGUUGAACUUGAUGGACUUCUGGCCUAUGAAGGAGAGCUUCCGGCCUGUUGCCCGUGGCUACGCUUUGAGCGUCCUUCCGGCUUUGUUCCCCUAAUGCGGAAGUGCAGUACGCGGAGCCGGAGGGACUUUUCCCGGCUGUUCAGUUGCGGCUCCGAGAUGAGCAGAGAGGAGAGGAAACCAACGAACAUGUACUUUGUGACAGAAGCCGCAUUAAGAAGGAGACAUAAGGAAAUAAUAGCUGAACAAGCCAAAGUACAGGAAGAAAUGAAGGUGCAAUCUGAGCAGCAUGAAAGCGAAAGGAAAAUGCUUGACCAAAGAGCUGAAUCAGCAAAUGAGAGAAACCAAGCUAUACUAGAGGAUCUGCAAGUGUUAGAACAGAACCUGAAAAGAAAGUCAGAGUCCUGUCCUGAUCCUUUUGUUCUUAGCCUUGAGAAUAAAUAUUGGGAAUCGGUGGAAAAAGAAAUUCCAAAGUGGGAACGGUUUCUUCUUGGAAAGGCCCCAUCUCCUUUUGGAGUUCAGCAAAGCCAGGAGAAGUUAAAUCAUUCCCAAACACUGCAGAGCCCAAGGAAAAAGGACUUGCCUCCUUCUGGUGCUCAGGCCCACACCUUCCCUAGGUAGCGUGCUCUUCCUCCGGUUGGUGGGAACUGGAUGGAUAAAAAGGGAUUUAGGAGGGAGUUCAAUAUGAACAUCAACAUUAAUUCUGACUAUCCAGGGGUCAGUACAAGCUGCCAACUCCAGGCCGAGCUGGCAGCUAAUUGGUGUGUAUAUGGGCUGAUUGCCUAUUGACUUUGACCUAUCAAAGCCAUCCUCUUCCAAUGGGUCCAGUGGCAUAACUGCAGGACAGUGAUCCCCAACCGGUGGCUCGGGGGCAACAUGUUGCUCCCCAACCCCUGGGAUGUUGCUCUCAGUGCCCCCAAACCAGGGAGUUAUUUUUCAAUUCCUAACUUGGGGGCAAGUUUUGGUUGAAUAAAAACAAGAUUUCCUACCAAAUAAAGCCUAAUAGCCAAUCACAGCCCUUAUUUGGCUCCUCCAUGAACUUUUAUGGUGCUUGUGUUGCUCUCCAAGUCUUUUUGCAUUUGACUGUGGCUCACCAGUAAGAAAGGUUGGGGACCCCCGCUAUAGAGGAAGCAGACCCCGCAAUUACGAGGAACAGGGGGUCCCAAACAGGGUCUGCUUUCUCUAUAGUGACUGAAAAUUUGUGUGGCUGUUGCAGAGGAGCAACAAGUAGAUGUGCAGAUGUACAUGUGCUUAUGGGAGGGGGGCUGUUUUGGUACACACUGGGCCCCUCCAAAGUCUUUUUGCAGGGGGCACCAGUGGCAUGCCGGUAUGCUACUGAAUGGACCUACUGAUUUGACUCCGCAGGUGGGUGGCCGGAUUGUGCAAUGUGUAUGCUUAAUAACAAGGUAUUUAAUGAUAAAACUUUCAUUCCUGUUGUUGCUGUGUUACGUCAUGCGGGGCUGAACAUGCUGCAGUUGCACCCCCUGACCCUCCCCAUUUGCACUCGUCCCUUCCCUCCUGCUGAUUUCAUUUUAAAUUUGUUUUUAUAUUUAGAGUAGAGUGCUUUCAAAAAACUUUAAAGUAGAAACAACAUAAAGUAAUAAAUUGUAAUAUAUUUAUAUACAAUCAUUUUAUCCUUCGGGUGUUAAUGCGACAUCCAUUGUGAAGCAUUGCAUAUUCCCUUUUUAGGCAAGAUCAUUUACUAAAUGUAAUUAUAAUUUACUAUGAGGAAUACUCGAGUAUAAGCCGAUCCGAAUAUAAGCCGAGGUACCUAA